AUGACCGCGAUUAUUACGGGCGCAGCUCAAACAGUUCCCUUGAUUAUCAACGGUCAAGACGUUACUACAGAAGCUACUUUCAGUGUUAUCAACCCCAGAACUGGUCAGGAAGUCUGGAAAUCAUGCUCCGCAACUGCUAUCGAUGCCGCUAAAGCGGUAGAAAGUGCACAAGCCGCACUCCCUGCCUGGUCAAAAACCAAACCAGCUGUGCGUCGUGAUAUUCUACUACGCGCAGCAGAUUUGUUUGAGAAUCGUGAAGACGAACUCCGACAGUACCAGAUAGACGAAACCGGAGCGGAUCCAAAAUUCGUUGAUUGGAUUCUCCCUUUGACUGUCGAGCAACUCAAGGACGUUGCGGGGAAAGUCACCUCCAUCCAAGGCGCAGUGCCUGCAACUUCCGAAGAAGGCAGAAGUGCCAUCGUUUACAAAGAGCCAUAUGGAGUGAUUCUCGGGAUUGCCCCAUGGAACGCGCCUUGGCCUUUGGGCUGCCGGGCAGUGUCUUAUGCACUCGCCGCUGGGAAUACAGUGGUCCUCAAAGGGCCUGAGCUCUCGCCACGCUGCUACUGGGCAAUUGUUGACAUUUUCCGAAAGGCUGGUCUUCCAGAUGGCUGUCUCAACCUUGUCAUUCACCGCCCCGAGGAUGCGGUUGAAAUCACGAAUGUUCUCAUUGCCCACCCAUCCAUAAAAAAGAUCAAUUUUACUGGCAGUACAGCGGUCGGUGCCAUUAUAUCAUCACUUGCUGGGAAGUAUCUCAAGCCAAUUAUCACCGAACUUGGUGGUAAAGCCAGCGCAAUCAUUCUCAAGGAUGCGGACAUCGCAAAGGCUGCACAUGCAUGCGCUCUAGGCGCCUUUCUUCAUGCUGGUCAGGUUUGCAUGUCCACUGAACGCAUCAUCCUUCAUUCUUCAUUGCUUGAGUCUUUUAUUAAAGCAUUCAAGGAAUGCACAGAUGAGAUUUUUCCUCAUUCCGGUCUUUCGCCUGUGCUCGUAUCAUCGGCUGGGGCUCAAAAGACCAGAGCUCUUGUAUCUGGGGCUUUAAAUGAUGGCGCAGAAGUUGUAUUCGGCAAUCCCACUGAGGACACAUCUUCUCCCACAAUGCGGCCAAUCGUUCUGCGAAACUUGAAGAAAGACUCAGAUCUAUAUUAUACCGAGAGCUUUGGCCCUACCGUUGUGAUCUUCACGUUCGAAUCAGAAGUGGAGGCAUUGACCAUCGCCAACGACACUGAAUAUGGGCUUGCGGGAGCUGUCUUCACGGAGGAUCUCGCAACUGGUCUGAGAGUCGCGAGGCAGUACGAGACCGGUGCUGUCCAUAUCAAUGCCAUGAGCAUUCAUGAUGAUGUUUCGCUGCCCCAUGGAGGUUUGAAAAAUAGUGGAUUUGGUAGAUUUACAGGUAUGGCAGGCAUUGAGGAAUAUCUGACCAGCCGGGUAGUUACUUGGCGAGACUAG